CGACAGUUUAAAUUAACUCUACUGCUUCAGGAAAUGCAUCUCCCACUAUACAAUAAGCGAGCUAUAAGCGCAUCCAAGCAGAGAGCUCCAAAACAACCCGUCAAUCAUCAUCAUCAAGAAAAGCGUAACGUAAUUUAAAAGCUCUUCAAAUGAAAGAUGAAUAUCUUGAAAUAUUCAAUAUUAUAUGUAGAUAUAUAGAAAAUUUUAUUUUGUUUACAAAUAUGUUCUAAUUUAAGGCGUAUUGACGCAGAAUGUGAUCAACGUACUUUCAAUCAUUGUCGAGAGGAAAGGCUCAUCAACUUAGGUUCUCAUUUUUUCUCGAUAGCAGUCAGGGGUGUGUUAAAUGUUAACUGUGAUAAUGUUCCUUAAAGACACAAAAAUAGUGCAUGCUGAAAACUCGUGUGUGAAUUCAGAGAUGUAAACACGACUUUAUUAGUGAAAUGCUAAACUUUGAAAAAAUCUUCCAAACAUUUUCUCAAUGGCAUCUUUGGAAUCGCAUAUGCUGUUUUUUAUAAUGCAGUAUGAAUGCUCUCUUAAGUUAAGGAUAAGCUGAUAUUUUGUGAAAGUUUCCUCAACUUUUUAAAACCUGUCCCAACAUUCUGGACAUCAGUUGUGUUGAAGUAGGCAACCGAUAACGUAACCAACGCUCAUGGCAAAUGUGUACUAAUUUGUUGAAAAAUUCUUUGCUGAGAUAAACUAUAUCAAAACAUACUUUCUUACUUAGACCGAAAACGACUUUAAUUAACCCUAUUUGUAUAAAGAAAAACUUUAAAAAAAAGUGUUUUUGAUUUGCCCCUACUUGGAUGAAAUUUGUAAGCCUGCUCAUCCAUAAUUUUACAAAUGUAAAGUGAAUUAUCAUCUUAGUAAUGGAAAAAAUAUUGAAAGUGCUUUAAAAGGUUAUUUCCAUGCAGAUAUAAUUCAUAUAUUAUCCUCUUUAUACAGAAAGAAAAAUCAAUGUGAAUGAUAAAAUAUCUUCUUCCUGACAGCAAAUAAAAUUCCUAUUGUGUAUUAUAUAUCUUUUUUUUAAAAGAUUGUGUUUUCUGCAUGAUUCAUAUAAUCAAUAAACUAAUCAUUAAGUGUGUAAUUUCUUUCUUGCGAAAGAAAACAUUAUUAUUGAAGGCAAUCUUAUUCUAUGUUGGCAGUAACAUUCUAAUCACUAAAAUUCAUACUGGUGAAAAACCUUAUUCUUGUUGUAUAUAAAAUAAGGAUUUUUCACAAAAAAGUAAUCUAACAAAACAUUGUCGUGCUCAUACUAUUGAUAUUGAGAAGUGUAAUAAGAGUUCUUGUCAAAGUGAGCUUCUGAAUAACAAAGUUGUGUUCAUACAGGGGAGAAACAUUGUUAUUGUGGUAUAUGUAAUAAAUUUUUUCAGAUAAAAGUAAGAUGACUAAACACAGUCGUACCCAUACUGGUGAGAAACUUUAUUCUUGCAGUUUAUGCAAUAAGAGUUUUUCCCAAAAAAAUUAUUUAAUGAAACACUAUCUUGUUCAUACUGAGGAGAAGCCUUAUUCUUGUAGUAUAUGUAAUAAAAGUUUUUCACAAAAAGGACAUCUCACUACACACGGCCGUGUUCAUACUGGUGAGAAGCCUUAUUCUUGUAGUAUAUGUAAUAAGAGUUUUUCAAGGGGAAGGACUCUGAAUGUGCACUAUCGUGUUCAUACUGGGGAGAAACCUUAUUCGUGUAGUAUAUGUAAUAAAAGUUUUUCACUAAAAGGUAAUCUGAAAAAACACAGUCAUAUUCAUACUAGUGAGAAGCCAUAUUCUUGUAGUAUAUGCAAUAAAAGUUUUUCACAAAAAAGACAUCUCACUGCACACUAUUGUGUUCAUGCUGGUGAGAAGCCUUAUUCUUGUAAUAUAUGUAAUAAGAGUUUUUUACUCAAAGGUAAUCUCACUAGUCACAAUCUUGUUCAUAUUGGUGAUAAGCCUUAUUCUUGUAGUAUAUGCAAUAAGAGUUUUUCACGAAAAGCUAAUCUCACUCGACACAAACGUGUUCAUACAGGUGAGAAGCCUUAUUCUUGUAUUAUAUGUGAUAAAAAAUUUUCAGAAAGAAGGAAUCUGAAUGAACACUGUCGUAUUCAUACUGGUGAGAAGCCUUAUUCUUGUAGUAUAUGUAAUAAAAGUUUUUCACGAAAAACACAUCUCACUACACACUGUUGUGUUCAUGCUGGUGAGAAGCCUUGUUCUUGUAGUAUAUGUAAUAAAAGUUUUUCACAAAAAAGUAAUCUCACUACAAACAGUCGUGUUCACACUGGUAAGAAGCCUUAUUCUUAUAGUAUAUGUAAUAAGAGUUUUUUACUCAAAGGUAAUGUCACUAGUCACAAUCUUGUUCAUACUGGUGAUAAGCCUUAUUCUUGUAGUAUAUGCAAUAAGAGUUUUUCACAAAAAGCUAAUCUCACUCGACACAAUCGUGUUCAUACUGGUGAGAAGCCUUAUUCUUGUAGUAUAUGUGAUAAACGUUUUUCACGAAAAAGACAUCUCACUGCACACUGUUGUGUUCAUGUUGGUGAGAAGGCUUAUUCUUGUAGUAUAUGUAAUAAAAGUUUUUCACAAAAAGGUAAUCUCACUACACACUGUCAUAUUCAUACUGCUGAGAAACCUUAUUCUCGUAGUAUAUGUAAUAAAAGUUUUUCACAAAAAAGACAUCUCACUGCACACUGUUGUGUUCAUGUUGGUGAGAAGGCUUAUUCUUGUAGUAUAUGUAAUAAAAGUUUUUCACAAAAAGGUAAUCUCACUACACACUGUCAUAUUCAUACUGGUGAGAAGCCUUAUUCUUGUAGUAUAUGUAAUAAAAGUUUUUCACAAAAAGGUAAUCUUACUGCACACAGUCGUGUUCACACUGGUGAGAAGCCUUAUUCUUGUAGUAUAUGUAAUAAGAGUUUUUCACAAAAAGCUAAUCUCACUCGACACAAUCGUGUUCAUAUUGGGUGAGAAGCCUUAUUUAUGUAGUAUAUGAAAUAAGAGUUUCACAGAAAGAGUGAGAAGCCUUGUUCUUUUAUCAUAUGUUAUAAAAAUUUUACACAAAAAUUUUGUCUGACAAAACACAAUCAUGCUCAUGCUGGUGAGAAACAUUAUUCUUGUAAUAUAUGUAAAUAUGUAACAAGAGUUUUUUGGUAGUUUGACUCACCAUAGUGGUAAGAAACCUUACUCUUGUACUAUAUGUAAUAAAGCUUUUUCAAGAAAGAA